AGUCGUCUGUGGGGGAGGGGCCCCCUGUGAGGAAGCUGGCUCACAAUGUGAUUGGAGUCUUCCCAGAUCCGUAGUGCAGACACAGAACGUCCCUCACACCUCUCAGCCAGGACAAGAAGCCUCCAUCUUCCAUCGGGGACACGGAGGAGAACUUUCCCCUGAUUGUGGAGACCGUGCUGGGAAGAGUCAGAAGUCACCCGAUCAUAGAAGACUCAACAGAGGAGCCAAGAGGGACCAUCCGCCAGGUGGAUUGAGGAACCAAGUUUUCUGUCAUGUUGGACUUCAUCAAUACAACAAAGUCACAUGGGAAGUGAAGCCAUAUGGGUGUCUGAAGUGACUGAAAGUCUUUAUCACAAUUCACUGGAGGAUUCACACAGGACACAAGUCAUAUCCGUGUUCUAAAUGUUGUUCUGAAUCCUCUUCAACAUCGAUCCCGCCUCAGAGGACAACAGGAGAGAAGUAAUUUCAGUGUUCUGGAAGUGACAAUGGCUUUACAGUAAAGUCCAACCCAUGUAUACAUAAGAGGAGUCAUUUCAGAAGAUAUUUCUUGGUUGGAAUGUGAUAAAGAUUUACAAUGGAGGAAAAACGUAUCACACACCAGAAGGUUUAUAAUGGAGUGAAGUCAUAUCAGUGUUCUGAAUGUGACACUGUUUUUACAUUUCAGUCUCAUCUUAUCAUACACCAGAGGUUUCACACUGGAGAGAAGCCAUAUCAAUGUUCUGAAUGUGACAAAGCUUUUACAACCAAUAGUGAUCUUAUUAUACAUCAGAGGGUUCACACUGGAGAGAAGCCAUAUCAGUGUUCUGAAUGUGACAAAGCUUUUACAUGAAAGUCACAUCUUAUCAUACACCAGAGGGUUCACACUGAAGAGAAACCAUAUCAGUGUUCUGAAUGUGGCAAAGUUUUUACACAGAAGUCAACCCUUAUGACACACCAGAGGAUUCACACUGGAGAGAAACCAUAUCAGUGUUCUGAAUGUGGCAAAACUUUUACAUGUAAGUCAACCCUUAUCACACACCAGAGGAUUCACACUGAAGAGAAACCAUAUCAGUGUUUUGAAUGUGGCAAAGCUUUUACACAUAAGUCAACCCUUAUGACACACCAGAGGAUUCACACUGGAGAGAAACCAUAUCAGUGUUCUGAAUGUGGCAAAACUUUUACAUGUAAGUCAACCCUUAUCACACACCAGAGGAUUCACACUGAAGAGAAACCAUAUCAAUGUUCUGAAUGUGGCAGAGCUUUUACACAGACAUCACAUCUUAUCACACACCAGAGGAUUCACACUAGAGAGAAGCCAUUUUAAUGCUCUGAAUGUGACAAAGCUUUUUUUUUUUCUUUCCCAAAAUGUCUUUAUUGAUUUUCAUUAUUAAUACAAUACAAAUAUUCCAUUCUUAAUAACAACAGAUUAAACGUACAUUACCCAACCCCUACCCCACACAGUCACAAUACUUUAUGUUAAACUACUGUGACCCAACGUGAUUGAAGUUUUUGCGUAACGGCGCAUGCGCCGU